CGCGGGCGCGUGAACGCCGCCUCGAAGACACGGCGAACGAGCUUCACGGUCGCGCGGAGGAGCAGCGCGCGGAAUCGACAGCCGGCGGCGAGCGGAGCGCGCGACGGUCGCGGAGACGCCGGAGACGCCGGAGAGAAAAAGGCAUCUCGUCGAUCGGGGAAUCGAUCGAUCCGAACGCGCGGCCGUCUCUCUCGCGCCGCGCCCACGGAACGACGAGACGCGCGGUAGCGGCGGCGUUCGCGGGAACGUCCCGAGAAGACCGGAACCAUGGCGAUGACGCUGGAUAACCCGUCGAAGAUGGACCCCGGAAAGGUCCCCGCGCUCGUGAUGCGCAGCGUGGAGAACGCGACGACGGCGCUUCGGGACGGAGACGCGGACCGAGCGAUUAAAAUGAUGCUGAGCACGGACGAGCUCUGUCACAAGGUGAUCGCGCCGCCGACGAUACACGGCCUCGCGAUGCGCGUCUUAUCCGACGCGUACCUCGCGAAGGAUAACAUGGAGGACGCGAAGAAGGCGCUGGAGAAGGGGUUGUCGUUGUGUAAGCCGCACGACGGCAGGGCGAACAUGCCGCCGUUCAUGAAGGCGGACCUCAACGGACGCAUGGGCGACCUCCUCGUCGCGCUCGGCGAGGUGGAGAACGCGAUGGGCGAUCACAAAAAGGCGGUGCAACACAUGCGUCAGGGCGCCGAGCGUUUCGAAGUUCUCGGGCAGCAAGAGUUCGUCGCCGCGACGCAUAAUCGCAUCGCGCUGACUUUAUUACAAGCGGGGAAGCACGAGCUCGCGUUAGCCGCGGUGCUCGACGCGGAGAAGCUCGCGGGCGAGCUCGGCGAAGGGAACGAACACGAGGCGAACAUUCUAUCCACGACGUUUUGUUACAAGGGGAGAUGUUCGGUGAUGGCUGGGAACAUCGACGGGGCGCGGGAGGCGAUGACGCAAGCGCUGCGGUACGCGAUGGCGAGCGGGAACGAUAAGGUAAAGGAGGAGGCGGAGACGUUUUUAGCGGAGCACCCGAGUAAAGUGGACGAGGCGGCCUUUUUAUGACAAGGAUGCCCCGCGCCCUCGAUUU